GUAUAGCUUCUGGAGAUGCGCAUUUAUGGAUUCACUAUCAUCACACGUACCUUUCAGCCUGUGGAGCAGAGUGAGCCUCCCUCUUCAAGGACAGGUGUCUCCAUGGUGGCUUACGGGAUGCCGGCUGACUGUUACUCUCUGCUAUUCUCCCUGCAGCACAAUAAGACAGCUGUGCAGGUUAAAGAAGACAUGAAGAAGAUGGUCCAUAUACCCAUACUACGACCAAGGACAGUGGCAGCCAAGCAUAUCAAGCUGUUUGGAGCCACCCUGUCUGAGCUGAAAGACAAGGGCCUGAUGGAGGACAAUGUGCCCCUAGUGCUGAGGAAGAUGGUGGAGUAUCUUCGCAAGCAUGCCUUGCAUCAGGAGGGCCUUUUCAGAGUGAAUGGGAAUGUGCGUGCUGUGGAAACCCUCAAACAGCGGCUGGAGAGCAGAGAGGAAGUGGACCUUUUAGCUGAAUCUGAUUCAUGUACGGUGGCCAGCUUGCUCAAACGCUACCAGGACCUACCAGAAGGUCUGGUAGACUCCACAGUCCAACAGGCACUGGUUCAUCACUACCGAGAGGUUGGUGAUGAUGUUUCCAGUUCAGAUAUGAGAGACAUUCUCCAACAGCUUCCGGAAGUUCACCUCAGCCUCCUCCGCUACCUCUGCCACUUCCUCACCCAUGUUGAGUGUAACCACAAGGAAAACCGUAUGACUGCCCUCAACCUUGCCACUGUGUUUGGUCCCAGUGUCUUUCAUGUGGCUCCUGGUUUUGAGGCAUUGCAGGACCAAAUCAUCUGUAACAAGAUCAUGGUGAAGCUCAUCCAGAACUACAGAAAUAUAUUUGAGACAGACAGAGACGGAGAAGGCUCAGAAGAACAGUCGAAACUUAUUAUUGUCAAGGAGACCAACGUGACAGAAGCAGACACAGAGACCUUACCCAGCCUCCCUGAUGGAAAGACACCGGCACUGGUUCCCAGCAUAAAGGAUGAACCAAAUACCCCACCAGAAAAUGUAGAACUUCUGAGAAAAUCCACUACAACUGCAAACCUGAGGCCGAGGAAAAAGAAGGGGAGGAAAGGGGAGAGUGACAGCAUGGCUCUUGGCGCCCCUCAGCCCUGCCGCUCUGCUGGGUUACCUCAUGCAAGGACCCAGCUCGUACCAAUAGUCUUGCCCCUGACCUCAGACCGGAGGACCCCCAGUCCAGAACUGAUAGAGACAGUACCCCUUCAGCUAGCUUGCAAAGACAACAUAGACACUCCGUGGUGGCACCUGGGCCACCUCAGCGUCAACCCCUCAAGCAGCACGGAGACACUAGGCCGGUCCCAAGAAGAAGAUAGACCAAUAUCACCUUUCUACAUCAGUAACCACCUCUCUCCUCACCACCGCAGACCAGAUGUGGUAAAUUUUCUGGAGAGGACAAUUCAAUCAGCAGUGGAGGAGCACCUCUUCGGUGUAAAUAGUUUAAGGGAUCAGAAUUUAAGCAACUGUGAGUUGACCUCGAGCCCACUGUCUCCAAGGUUGACACCAACUGCCCGACAGAGGCGUCGACACCAAAGGGAGCAACAAGAGGAGGGGCUGGGACACAAAGACAGAAACAGAGCUGCAUCAGUCAGAGGCACGAACAAGGAGAACAUCCCGUCAAGCAGUAGAAGCAGUUCAUUCAGCGUGGGUGAGGAUACAGACAGCAGUGUGGACUCACAGGGAGGCCAGAGAGGUCACGCUGAGCGAACCCCUAAACCAAGGAAAAAACAAAGCCCAACAUUGGUGCAGCUCACUGACAACCAGGACGCCCACACAUUCAAGGAAUGUGUUGAGAGACCGGGAACAAACCACAUGGAGACAUUUCAGAAAGGGAAUGACAUUUCAAGAAAAGAUGGCCUCCCCUCUCCUCCUCAGACGCUUAGGAUGAAGAUUCAGGAGUCGCCCAUCACUUGUGACAUGGGGAGGGUAAGCGGAGAGGUGCGAGGCUCGGAUCUGGACUGCGAGAAGACAAGCUGUGAGGAUGUGCCCCGACUGGACCUGACAGCACUGACUGAGGAAAACAACUGGGGAGAACCGGUGCCUGCAUACUCACUGCAGAGGGAGAACAUGGACCGAGAGGAGGCCAGACUGUCCCCUCACGCAGGAGGACGUCUCAUCCGCCAGCUGCUGGAGGAGGAUAGUGACCCAAUGCUGUCCCCUCGCUUCUACGCCUACGGACAGUGCCAGCAGUACCUGGAUGACACUGAAGUGCCUCCAUCGCCACCUAACUCACACUCGUUUGUCAGUCGCAGAAGGAGUUCGUCUCUUGGCUCCUGUGACGAUGAGAAAGAGGAGCUGACGUCAGCCCAGCUCACAAAGAGGAUCCAUAUACUGAAGAAGAAGAUCCACAGGUUUGAGGAGAGGUUUGAAGAGGACCGCAAAUACAGGCCCUCCCACAGUGAUAAAGCUGGAAACCCAGAGGUGCUGAGGUGGGUGAACGAACUGGCCAAGCUUCGUAAAGAGCUAAAAGAACAAAAGCUGAUUAAGUCUGAGGAGGACCUGCCGCCUCUCACCCGCCAGCGCAGCAACACUCUGCCCAAAAGCUUCGGCUCUCAGCUGGAGAAGAAACCACAGCAGGAGAAAGUGCCGAAGCCUCCGGUGGAGAGCAGCUUGGAGACCAUUCAGAAGAAGCUGCAGGAGAAGAGGGAGGAGGUGAACCGACCCGAGGACAUCAAGGAUAUGACACGGGAGCAGAUCGGUGCUGAGAAAGUCGCCCUGCAGAAAGCUCUUCUGUACUACGAGAGCAUACACGGUCGCCCGGUCACCAAGAGUGAAAGGCAAAUCAUGAAGCCCCUGUACGACAGAUAUCGCCUGGUGAAGCAGAUUCUGAUCAGAGCCUCCACCAUCCCUGUCAUUGAGGAGGAGGAUGGCUCGGAGGAUGACGGAGAAACAAAGACCCAGUUCACUGUGACCGUGCGGCCUGACAUCAGCGUGCUCAGCUUCCUUGACCACGUGGAUGAGGAAGUGGAUGGUUUCAUUUCACCCGUGGACGACCUCUCGCCCUCUAAGAACACAACAGACAUGAGGCUGUCCAACUUGCAUGCCGCCACAACGGAGGAACUUGUGGAGCAGCUCCAGGAGACCAGAGAGGAGAAGAAGAGGAUCCGAAAGAACCUGAAAGAGUUCGAGGACCAGUUCUUCAGACAGAAUGGAAGAAACGUGCAGAAGGAGGAUCGCUCACCGCUGGCAGUGGAGUACAGCGAAUACAAGCACGUUAAAGCCAAACUGCGGCUGCUGGAAGUUCUCAUAAGCAAAAGAGACUCUACUAAGCUCAUCUGAGAACAAAUUAAAAGAAGGUUUUCAAAGGACUGAUGCUGAGUCUGCAGAUGCACAAACACACACACACACACAAACACAAACACACAUCUCACCCUGAUGGAGAAAACUUCUGUUCUGCUUCAUCUAUGCCAGCUGAACCUCACCUUCAUAAGAUGACCUUUAUUCUCUCCAGACUCGCGCAAAGACUCGCACAAUUAACCUGCGUCACGAUUUUCCUGCUUCUAAUUUAUUUCCAUCCUUUUUGAAUGUUACUAUCAGAAGAGAAGACUUAUUUUCUCACACCUGUAGAAGUCUUAAAACAAAUAGCUUGUAAAUAAAAACAAUAGCUAUAAAAUUAUGGAUAUUCCUCAAGAAGGAUAAUAAAGUGAUCAAGAUUGAUGUAUAUUUUGUUAAGGGAAAUGUUACUAUGUAUGACUUCAAUCAGCUUAACAGUAUUGACUAAAAGAGUAGAUUUCUUUAUUUCACUUCUGACCAUCAUCACGUGUCUGAAAUAUUCUAAUAUUGCUUCUGUAGAAGUUCACUGAGUAUUUUCUCACUUAAAGAAGUGGUUUUCUUAUUUAGACACAACCCAAAGACUCAAGAGUACAAACAGCAAACCAAAAUAUUCUCAAAUCAUUUUCAUUCAGCUUCUUUUCCACAUCACUGGUACUUUCUGAGCCAUUAACUGUAUAUUUGAUGCGUUGAUGUGCUUCUUUUUCCCCCCAAAUCAACUUCCUGUCAAAUAAGCUAUGUCUCAUCAGAAUCACUGCUAUGUUUGUGCUCACUGAUUUGAAAACACUGACUAGUCUGUUUGAGAGAUGACUCUGGAUGACAGAAACCUUCUGAGACUCUUCCUCGUCCUCUCCAGAAGCCUCUUUUUGUUUCCUUUCUUCCUUUUGCAUAUACGGAUCAAUAUGUAUGUUUACAUUUCUGUGAGCGACUACAUGUUUCCUUUUCUUUCUCCAAAAUGGAUGAUUAUCAGUGUGUAUUUUGUUUUUACUGAAUGUAAACACUGGCAAGGCUUAAUGAAUUUUGAGUGUGUACAUUUUAGUACAUAAAGUGUAUUUGUAUUUUGUAUAUAUUCUGAAUGAAAUCAUAUUUUUACUGA